GGGUUUAGUUGAGAAUUAUUUUCAAAAACAUGAAAAACCCCAGAAAAAAAAAUCUUUUUCUCAUAAAGCCCCAAACGUGUUUUUCCCAAGUUCCCCCAGCCUUGCCCUCACCACCCAGGCCCCAGGGUUCACCCUCACCCCCUCCUCAAGGGAAAAAGCCUGGCCUGAACCCUGUUGCCUAGCAACCUUGCCUAAGCCAUAUGGAGCUCCCAUUGUCUUACCAGGCAAGCCCUCAGUGGUCUCCAGUUGUCUACCAGGCAAGCCCUCCGUGGACUGACGGGAUGGGUUGGGGGUCCUGAGUGAGAAGAGACCCUAGGAGGUACACUCCCCACCCCCAUGGAUAUGGCUGGGCCCAGAGAUUGGCAGUGCCUAAGGGUGGGGUGAUAACUUUCUCCCAGUAUCUGAAGUACUCUUGUCCAAGAAGCAUGAAUUCCUAGCAUUCCCUGUGACGGGACAGGACGGGAAGAUGGGGGUAGGGGAGAAGGUGCAAGCCCCACCUAGGGCGGUGGCCACAGCAGUGAGGGGCAGACAGAGCAAGGAGCCUGGGAAGGAAGCAGGAUGGCAGCAGGGGCAGCAGCUGGAGCCUGGGUGCUGGUCUUCAGUCUGUGGGGUGAGCCACUCCCCUCACACCAAUCCUCCCUGCAGAAAGCACUCUGUCCUCCCCAAAUCUGCCCAGAACUUUCCUGGAACCUGGGCACUGCUCUUCAAGCUCCCUCACCCACCUUGUCCUAGUUUUAUUAGCCCCCAUUUCCCUCCUACCCUUCCACCAUUGUACUGUCUCCCAGGGGCAGUAGUAGGCGACCGAAACGUCACAGCCCGGAUUGGGAAGCCACUGGUGCUGAACUGUAGGGGGGCCCCCAAGAAACCACCCCAGCAGUUGGAAUGGAAACUGAACACAGGCCGAACAGAAGCUUGGAAGGUCCUGUCUCCCCAGGGAGGCCCCUGGGAUAGUGUAGCUCGAGUGCUCCCCAAUGGCUCCCUCCUCCUGCCGGCAGUAGGGAUCCAGGAUGAGGGGACUUUCCGGUGCCGGGCAAAAAGCAGGAAUGGAAAGGAGACGAGGUCAACCUACCAAGUCCGAGUCUACCAGAUUCCUGGGAAGCCAGAAAUCGUGGAUCCUGCCUCUGAACUCAUGGCUGGUGUCCCCAAUAAGGUGGGGACAUGUUUGUCCAAGGGGGGCUACCCUGCCGGAACUCUUAACUGGCACUUGGAUGGGAAACCCCUCAUACCUGAUGGCAAAGGAGUGUCCGUGCAGGAAGAGACCAGGAGACACCCUGAAACAGGGCUUUUCACACUCCAGUCAGAACUGAUGGUGACCCCAGCCCGGGGAGGAGCUCCCCAUCCCACUUUCUCCUGUAGCUUCAGUCCUGGCCUUCCCCGGCGCCGAGCCCUACACACGGCCCCCAUCCAGCUCAGCGUCUGGGAGCCUGUGCCUCUGGAGGUCCAAUUGGUGGUAGAGCCAGAAGGUGGAACAGUAGCUCCUGGUGGUACCGUGACCCUGACCUGUGAAACCCCUGCCCAGUCCUCCCUUCAAAUCCACUGGAUCAAGGACGGCGUGCCCCUGCCCCUUACCCCCAACCCUGUGUUGCUCCUCUCUGAGGUAAGACCUCAGGACCAGGGAACCUACAGCUGUGUAGCCACCCAUCCCAGCCAUGGGCCCCAGGAAAGCCGUGCUGUCAGUGUCCACAUCAUCGAAACAGAGGAGGGGCCAACUGCAGGUUCUUUGGAAGGGCAGGGGCUGAGAACUGUAGCCCUAGCCCUGGGGAUCCUGGGAGGCCUGGGGAUAGCUGCCCUGCUCAUUGGGGCCAUCAUAUGGCAAAGACAGCGACGCCAAGGAGAGGAGAGUAUUCUCCCCCAUCUUCCUCCUCAGGAAGGCCCCAGAACACCAGGAGGAGGAGGAGGAGGAGCGCGAAGAGCUGAAUCAGUCAGAGGAGCCUGAGGCAGCUGAGGGCAGUGCAGCAGGGCCUUGAGGGAUGCACAGCCAGACUCCAUCCAUCACCUCCAUUUUCUUUCCCCCCACCCCUGCUCUGUUCUGGCCCCACGCUAGUUCUUUCCUGUGUAACUGUACCCACCUCACCAAACGUGCUUCCACAACCAGAGCCUCCCAACAGUGAGAAGUAAACACCUUGCCCUAUUUG